GGAAAAAGUUUGAAAAAUUUACUCAAGCUGAGUAAGGCACAUAAAUGGUGUUACAACGAAUGGUUUUAUUCUAAUAUCGAUAAGGCUCUCUUUGAUGGAGAUAGUGAAUUUGUAUUAUGCUUAAAGGAAUCUUUUCCAGGAUUGAAGACAAGAAAAUUAACAAGGUUCCAGUGGGGAUUGUUAAGAAGAUUAAUGGGGAGACCUAGAAGAUGCUCGGCCACAUUUUUCGAAGAAGAAAGAAACGUUCUAAAGGAUAAGAGGCAAAAAAUAAGGUCCCUACAACAGAAAAAGACAAUAGAUCUUGAACUUGUUAAAGAUCUUCCAGAAGAAAUUCCACCAUUAUUGGUUGUUGGAACAAGUGUUACUGCUUUCUUACGAAAUCCUCAACGAGGGUUAUUCACUGGACGGAUCGAAGCUGUAGAUACAGCUAAUAAACGUUACAGAAUUACUUUUGACAGACCUGGCCUGGGUACGCAUUAUAUUGAUGAUACGGAAGUUUUAAGCGAAGAACCUGUUGAAUCUAUAUUCAAGUCGUCCUUAGUCGCUAAGCAAAGACCUAGGAGUUCAUCAUCUUUGUUCUCCAACGUUACGCCUCCAAGGUCAGUCAGGCAGACUCCGCAUUUUACAGCUACUGUAAGAAAAUGA